GAAAGAAUGGGUGGUAGGACUAUCCCUAGGGAAAGACAAGAGGCCGAAUUGAUGGUUUCCCAGGAUGAAAGAGAAGCAGCCAGGGAGGAGCUGGAGAGAGAAACGAGUCCCUUGCGACGAUAGGCGAGGGAGAAGGAGAAGCAGUUGGAGUUGAAGUUGCGCCUCGCAAGGGAGAAGUCGAGGCGCCUUCAAAUGGCAGAUAAGAUGGAGGAGUUGAAGGUGGCAGAAGAGCUGCUGGCAAGGACGAUUGUGGCCGCAUGGGCGAUGAUGGAGGCAAGGGCAAAGGCGGCAGCAAGGGCAAAGGUGGCAGCAAGGGCAAGGGGGCCAACGACAAACCGCCAUUUGAUCCUGCACCGUAAGCAAAGCAGAUGGAGCUGGAGAAGAACAAACCAGCGUACAAAUGGGUGCUGCGUGGAAAGGAGGCGGAACCUUUGGGGUAUGGCAACUAUUGGCACAAGUGCAAGCUCUGUGGCCGGUUGUGGACAGCGUCAUACAUACGUGUUGUCGGCCAUUUCACAGCGAAUAGAGAGAGACCCAUGUCCCGGGCGGACCAGGGAGAUCCUCCAUAUCCUAGCGAGCAAGGGGGCGAAGAUUGACUGUCCCAACACACGUAGAAUCAUCCAACUGUACCGACGGGAGAACGACAUCGCAGACUAUUCGAAUGCACAACCUGUGGUGGACGCUGCGGAGGAAGAAACCUUGGCGGACUUCAUCGUGCCCCUGCCGGCACCAGGCAGAGAGGCAAUUGGCGAGAGUGCAGAUGGGGCUUGUGGGGUAACAGAUGACAGAUCAAACAUUCCUGAGGGGGGGGCGGGCCCAUCGGCUGAGGGAUCUGCAACAGCACGACCGUCUGCCAAGUUGCAACAAGCUUCCAUCCGACGGUGGACAAAAAACACCUCGCAGCAGCGCUUGGACAUCGCGUGGGGGUUUCAUUUGUACGAGCACGGGGCUCCCUUCAACUACGUGACCGGGGAGAAGACGCACGAGCUCCAUGAGUUGUACUUGGAGCUGGGGGAGAAGAAGCGAAGGGUGAAGAUGCCGAACAGAAUGCAGAUGGCCACAAUUGUCCUCGACAUUGCAUACGAACGGACAAGAAAGUCGAUGAGGCCGCUGAUGGAGGGAUGGGACGUCACAGGCUGCACACUGAUCACAGACGGGUGCACGGAUCGCAAGUUCCGACCCGUCAUGAACUUCAUUGCAGCCGGCGAGAGAGGACCUGUUUUGCUGAAGGUGGUCGAUAUGUCGAAGAGAAAGAGGACUGCAAUCGCGUUGGCAAAGUUGUGGGAGGGGGUGAUCCGUGAGAUCAGUGCGCAAAAAGUGAAUGCUUUGUGCACAGAUAACGCCGAGGUGAACAAGCAUGCGGCCAGGUUGUUGAGGAGGCGAACAAAUCUCAACAUCUCACGGAUUCCAUGGGUGCCUUGCGCGGCUCAUUGCCUCAACUUGCUUCUCAAGGGAAUCAGCGGCGAGCCAUGGGUCCACGAGUUGUACAAGAGGGGCAAGACCAUUGUCAAGUGCAUCAAGAACCACCACAAGACWRCRCAGAUGUUCCUUGACAGCUCGGAGAUGGAACGGACCAGGACACUCAUCAUGCCUACGGACGUGCGGUUUGCCUCCGUGUAUCUCAUGUUAGAGAGGCUGUUCGACCGGAAGAAGGUGCUGAAGAACAUGAUGAAGGAAGGGUGGCUGGACAUCAAGUGGUCUUCGAGGAAGAAGUGCAACAUUUCUGAUGCUGUGUACACGACAAUUCGCUCUGACGAUUGGUGGAGGGAGAUGGAGGCGGCCGUGGAUGUCAUGUACCGGUCGGGACCGACAGCAGCGAUGAUGGGGAGGAUCUGGUAUGGCGGGGGAAGGGGAACAAAAGACAGGGGAUGGAAUGUUUGGAUGCUCCACCGGAGGGGAAGGGUAAAGCGCAAGUCGAUUACGAAUAUUAUGGAGGAGGAAGAAGAGGAGGAUGAAUAUGACGACAUGGAGUUUGGACUUCGAGGGAGCGUGGACUCUGACGAAGAGCACAACGACGACGACGAUGAGGAUGGGGAUGCUCUUACGAUGGGGCAACCAACAGGUCACUGGGAUAGCGAUCUGGAGUUCUUGAUGCCUCGUUCUGAAGUCCGACAGCGAGCCACGGAUGAUGAUGACGAGGCCGUGAGAGCGAUGGCACAAGCACUUGCAAAGAGAGAUCAUGCCAUCGUGAUGCAGCGUGUGGAGGAGGAGGAAGCGAGGCGUGUGGCUGUUCCCCGUCGAACCGUAGGAAAAGGAGGGGACCCAGGGGAGGGACGUGGUGCUGCGCAAACGGAAACAGGAAGUGUGGCCGUUGAAGCAGGAGGUGGGCAACAGACCGAAGCGGCGUUGGAGGGGACAGCGUCCGGAUCACGAACGCACCGUGAAUUGACCGAAAAGACACAACAAGGUUGUAAUCCAUCCGCCGAACAGAACGAGGAAGCACAGGAAGAGGGUCACGAAGGAAAUGAGUUUCCUCACAGACCCUUUAUGAUUCCACCAGACAUGGAUGGCGGAUACGAGGUUGACCAGAUCAAAGAGCAUGGCUACUUCUCUACGGGAGGACGUGAACGACCUCAGAAGCAGUUCAAGAUUUUAGCACCUGUUGUCAUGGGGAUGCUGAAGCAAGCCAUGGAAAGCUCACCUCCUCCACCGUCUCCUGAAGCAGAAGUUCUGAUCACCCCAGCACUCCUCUUGAAGGAUGCGUGCUACCAUGCAGUCGGGGUUGCCAAUUAUGACUUAUAUGAUUAUGUUGACUUCAGGUCCUGGUUCACAAAUGUGCUGUCCUUGGAGGUAGCCAACGGGCACCCGAAUGCACGGAUUCUCCGCAGACGUGUUGCUUGGCUUCUUGGCUGUUGGGUCAGCAAGAUCAAAGAAGAUUUGAGAAGGCCAAUCUAUGGGUCACUUCUGCGUCUUCUGGGAGAAGGCGACCCCGCUGUUCAGCUUGCCGCUUGUAACUCACUCAGGGCGUUAAUCGAUGACUGCCACUUCUAUGAGGAGGAGUUUGUUGAGUAUUUGUCUCCUUGCCUCCAAUUGCUUUUCCAGUUCAUGCAGAGUGCUUCAGAGUUUGACUCACAGCUCCAGGUGUUUAACCUCGUAUCUCUAAUUAUUGAGCGCCUUGGGGACAAGAUUGUCCCAUGUGGACCAAAGAUAAUGGCAUUCCUUCCGAAGGUUUGGCAGGAGUCAGAAGGUCAGAGUCUGUUGCGUAUACAAGUGCUUCUGGCUCUGCAGCGGCUGUUGACGGCAUUGGGAACGAAGUCACCAGUGACCUAUGACUUGCUGUUUCCUAUACUGCAAUAUAGCACAGAUAUAAAUCAGCCUGAUAAUCUGAGCAUGCUGGAAGAUGGAAUGCAGUUGUGGCAGGCAACUCUCCGACAUGCUCCAGCUAUGGUUCCUCCGCUGAUCAGCAUUUUCCCACAUCUGGCUGAGGUCAUGGAGAAGAGCUUUGACCAUGUUCAGCAGCAGCUCGAGCAGGUGCUGUGGCAGCAGCUCCAGGGAGGUGCGUCCUCUCUGUCAAUGGAAGAGGAGGAUGGCGAGGAGGAAGGGGACAAGGAAGACGAGGAGGAGGAGGAGGAGGAAAAGGAUCAGGAUGACAAAGGCAAAGACACCGGGGCACUGCCACGACGCAGUGCCAGAAUCGCAGUUCGUGCCCGCCCUGCAGUACCUCCAAGACCGAAGAAACUCAGCAGACGGACGACUCCAGCAGCAUCAAGUACGGCAUUGACGGUACAAGACACCACCGGAGAUCAUCCCGCAUACCCAGUCCGAGGAGCCAGUGAGCCAGCAACUGAUUAUCGUCGGCGGCUACUGGCAUUUACGGAAGCCGUAGCUGCCGUCGAGGCCCGGAAGGAGACAGCAGAGGCAGAACGUCAGCGGCUAGCCAAUGAAGCGGCAGCCGAAGCUCAGCGAACGACUGAGACUGACGCAGCGACACGAGACAGACGGAAUGCCAGCAGCACRGAGUCCUUGAUUGCUUGUGAGCAUCAGUGGACGACGAUACUCCAAGACAUGAUCUUUGUGCCUACAGAASCGCAGGCAGACCCGACACCGGCGGAGGCAGAGAGAAGUAACCUGGCUAACUUGCUGYUGGGCAUGAUGAGAGGUAUUAUGUGGAAUAAAACACUGCUGCAGUCACAUCUGCGCACGGRCGCGACGCAGCGACAAACAUACAAGAAUGAUAUGACUACGUUAACAACUGCUAUCCGCACAGAGGCAAUGCAGCAGCAGCAACAGCAUCAACUGUUGAAUUCCACUAUCACACGCGUCAACAGCAUAGAGGCUAACGCCUCAGCAGCGCCAGGCUGCACGACAGACGUGAYGAARCAACUCAACGAGCGCAUCGAUCACGUCGUCACCAUCAGCGGCGACAUAAGUACUUUCAACGGACCAGAAUCGAUCAGGAGCAUGGUGGCCGCCAUCAAGACGGACAUCACCAAGCUACAGACGAGACCGGAAGCCGCUACAAAGGCAUUCAAGAUGCCGCACUUCGACAUCAGCAAGUUCGACGAYUACAACAAGUCGGACGCCUUGUCAUGGUGGCAACGUUUCCUCACGGAAGCAUCAUGCCGCAUGGUCCCGGCGGACGACAUGUUGAAGGCACUAUAUCUGCAGCUGAUUGGAGGAGCGCAGGGAUGGAUGAACCACCUGGCGGCUACACACAAGUGCACUAUCGUCGAACUCCACACGCAUAUUACGUGGAAGGAGUUCGAGCAGCUAUGGUUCACCCGGUUCAUGGUCCGCAACGUCGUGAAGGCGGCCAUGAAUGAGGUGUACACAUGCUCUCAGGGGAACAUGCCAACUCGAGACUGGACAACGAAGUGGCAAAAGAUAGUGACCACAGCAGGUUUCGACUUGACGUUUCCAAAUCAACGAUCCGAGUUCUUCUCGCGAUCGUGCGCGGGAUUGCGGUCGGCACUCGAUAAUGAGUACGACUAUACCACAUUCCAGGCCAUUCUGGAUCGAGCGAACUUGGUCAUCCAAACGGACGACAAGGCCACUAACGAGAGGCAAUCCCAGCCGCACUAUGUGGAUAAGCAGACCUAUCAACGUCCGACACAUAACAAUGCCGUGUUUUCUGAGGAAAUCGACGACCACCACGCUGCAGCAGCAUCCUCGAGUGAUGGAGGAAUUGUCGCAGCGCUCCCGCCGAAGCAUCCGAAGGGAGUUCGCAACAACAAGGCGACACAAGGGACAGCGGCGACGGGAGCUGGGCAGCAGCCAUGGACGACUUAUAAGAUCACCAAGGAGGUCUAUGACCUUCAUCAAAAGUACGCAUACUGCCUAUGGUGCAACAGUGUAGUACUCACUAUCGCACAAUGCCCGGACAACGGCAAGGCGCGCAUACCCCGUCCAGCCAACUCGGGAAACUGAGUUACGCAAGGAGAGGGGCGACGUCUCUCCUCACUCCGCCGGACCCGGUUGCCUUGCUAGCAAUCGAUGUCA